AUGUCCAAUAAAACUAAUCACAAGUGUCGUCUCUGUUUAGUUGAUUCAGAGCCGGAUAAAAUGCAAGAUUUAUUCGCAAAGGUAGGCUCAAAGUCCCAGAAUAAGACCAUUGAAGACAUUCGAACCGAUGAUGAGUUUUCCCAAUUGCCUCUGUUGGAUAAAGUGGAAUAUUGUUGUGGUGUUAAGCUACUUCCCAAACCCCAAAUGCCCACCAAAAUAUGUACGAAGUGUUUAAACAUUGUAAAUAUGUGGUCGAAUUUUCGUCAAAUGUGUCGCAAUUCCCAGGCAUUUUUAGCCUCACAAAUACACCUGGCCAUCGAAGAGGAGGUUGUGGUUGGUAGCAUUAAAAAUCUGCAAAAGGUACGCAAUGAACUACUUAAGAAAACUGAAGCUCAGCAGCAACACAAAAGGGAACAACAAAUUGCAUCACAUACGAAUAGUACAACCCCAGCAGCAGAUCCAGAUCUUGAUAUUGAUUAUCUUGUUGAAGAGCAUUACGAUUUAUCCAAGCUUAAUCAAAUUGAUUUCUCGGAGAUAUUUACACCCGAAGAUUGUGCCGAAGCAUAUGAUUAUUUAAAUGCCGGUAAUGAUGAUGAAUUGGAAAAAAUCAUAGAACAUUGUGCCACUAAAAAUGUUGCCUUACAAACCCUAAGGCGAAAGGCCAUAAUCUCAAGAACCAGAGAACAAAUUUGCACAAAGAAGUCACCGAAAUAUAAAAAGAAACCAGCUGCGGAUAAAUUGCCAAAACCAUCGAUGUUUAUGUGUAAUAUUUGUGGUAAUGUUUAUAGCAAGAAACCACUAUUCCAAUAUCAUAUGCGUAUGCAUUCCGAUGUUAAACCAUAUCAGUGCGAAAUUUGCAAUAAGUCAUAUCGCAUAAUGAGCGAUCUAAGAAAUCACAUGUACAGGCAUACAGGUGAACGGCCAUUUAAAUGUAAAUUCUGUGAUCGCCACUUUAUGGACAGAAGUUCCAGGCAUCGUCACGAAAGAGUUCACACCAAUUCACGUCCUUAUACAUGCAAUGUAUGCAGCAAAAGUUUUACAUAUUCGGCUAUUCUAAAGAAUCAUAUGAAAUUACAUACUGGAGAAAAGGAUUAUAUUUGUGCUGUUUGCAAUAAGUCAUUUACAUUGGCCCAUCAGCUGAAAGCACACAUGCUGACACUAACACAUCGCCAAAAGGAAGCAGCUUUUGAAGCCCAAGGUUAUAAAGUAAUAUUUGAAGCUGUCGAAAUGACCAAGACAACAAAAAAUUAA